AUGUCUCUCAAUGGAAAGAUCGCAAUAGUGACGGGAGGGGCUCGAGGAAUCGGUGCUGGCAUAGUUCGAGCUCUUUCUAAACAAGGCGCAAGUGUAAGUCCUGAUCUUAUUGCCCGAAACAGAUUACCAGUGCAGGUUGCAUUCAAUUAUGUCUCUCCUUCAUCCGAAGCUGCUGCUCUAAAGUUGGUUGAGGAAGUAAAGGGGUUCGGGGUUCGAGUGACGUGCAUUCGUGCCGAUAUGGCGUCUCCUGAGGCUCCCUCUCUUAUUUUGAAAGCGGCUCUUCGAGAAUUUCAAACCGACAAGGUCGAUAUUCUGGUGAACAACGCGGGCGUCGGAGGAAACGCACCACUCGAAGAAGUCACAAUUGAAGACUAUGAUCGUCUGAUGGCAGUCAAUGUCAGAGCAGUCAUCUUUAUGACUCAAAGCGUCUUACCUCACAUCAACCGCGGCGGUCGUAUUGUCAACUUGUCUUCGAUAUCUGCCCGCGGUGGCUACCCGACUCAAUCCGUUUAUGCCGCAUCCAAAGCUGCUGUCGAAGGUCUGACACGGGUCUGGGCCACAGAGCUGGGCCACAAAUACGGGGUAACUGUGAAUUCAGUCAACCCUGGCCCUGUCGAUACUGAUAUGUACCGUGCUGCCGGACCUGUGCAUCUUGCGAGGAUGGAAGAACAGAAUAAUAAGGUUCCUGCCGAGCCCAGAUGUGGAACGGAGGAGGAUGUGGCAGAUAUCAUUGUGUUCUUGUGCGAAGAAAGAUCGCGCUGGGUGACCGGGGACACGAUCUGUGCGAAUGGAGGUAUGGUAUACACAUAG